AGGCCGUGCCCAGACAUGGAGCUGCUGGGGACCCUGAGCCCCCCGUGGUGGCUCCUGCUGCUCCUGCUCCUGGCCCUGCUGCUCUGGGCCACGCACAGAAGCCCCUGGGAGCCCCGCAAGUGUCCUGCUGACCUGACGGGCAAGACAGUGAUUGUCACCGGAGCCAACAGCGGCAUCGGCAAGUGCGUGGCCAUGGACCUGGCACGCCGGAACGCCCGCACCAUCCUGGCGUGCCGGAGCCGGGAGCGGGGCCAGGCGGCCGUGGAGGAGAUCCGGGCGGCCACUGGGAACCCAGCAGUGGUGCUGAGGCUGCUGGACACCGGCUCGCUGGCCUCGGUGCGUGCCUUUGCCAGCGCCGUGCUGCGUGAGGAGUCGCGGUUGGACGUGCUGGUGAACAACGCUGGUGUCACUGGGCUGCCCUUCACCAUCACAUCAGAGGGGUUGGAGCAAACCUUUGCCAUCAACUACCUGGGCCCGUUCCUGCUCACUAACCUUCUCCUGGACCUCCUGAAGGCCUCGGCGCCCGCCCGGGUGGUCAACGUGUCAUCGUUACGGCACAGCGUGGGCACGGCCGACAGCGGGUUCCUGACGGGGCAGCGGCGCCCGGGCGGGUACGACGCCGCCUACAGCAGCACGAAGCUGAUGAACGUGCUCUUCACCGCCGAGCUGGCACGGCGCCUGCAGGGCACAGUCGGCCGAGCAGGGCGCUGCCAGCACCAUCUUCUGCGCCGUCUCGGAGGAAGCUGCGGGCAUCACCGGGAAAUAUUUCGACAGCAGCUGCCGGCUGGCGCUGCCCUCGGUGGCCGCCCGCGAUGCCGCGCUGGCACGGAAACUCUGGGAGGCAUCGGAGCGGCUGACGGGGCUCACGGAGCAGGACUGAGCCACCGGGAUGUCACCCCUCAGCAGGGCGGGAAGGGGGACACGGAUGCCGCUCUGCUCCCCUUGUACCCACCCUGUGCUGCCGUGCGGACAACACGGCGCCGGCCAGAUGUGACUGCGACACUUUUAUUAAAAACCCCGGCGCCCCACACGCCGCUAUUCCCAGGUGAUGUCCAGGUCCAGGCGCUGCUUCCUCACGGUUUGCAGGAAGCUGUCGUAGUCGCGCCGGUGGAUGUCGGGGCAGCGGGACAGGUCCAGGCGCCGCAGGGGCCCGUCGGAGCCCAGCAGUAGCCACACGGAACCGGCGGACACGCGGCU